AGCAGAAACGCGACUGUGUGGAGGAAGAGGAGUUCUCAUUGACAGCGGUCCGGUCCAUUGAUUGCAAUCGUUCCCGAAGCCUCCCACAAUGAAUAAACUCGAUGAAUUGGCAUUCCAAUUACGCUUCAGCUCGAAACAGCUGGAGCGCAUGUCGAAGCGCUGCGAAAAAGAAGAGCGUGAGGAAAAGACCAAGAUCAAAAAAGCUCUGGAGAAGGGGAACACUGAAAAUGCAAAGAUCUACGCGGAGAACUCCAUACGGAAACGCACCGAGGCCACGAAUUUCCUACGUAUGGCAGCUCGUGUCGACGGAGUCGCGUCCAGAGUCAAGAGCGCCGCGGCAAUGAAUCACGUCUUGAAAAACAUGGGCAGCGUUGUGAAAAAUCUCGAUAAAGCAAUCAACGCCAUGGACCUCCAGAAGGUUUCGACAAUCAUGGAGAAGUUCGAAGAGCAGUUCGAAAGCCUCGAUGUACGAUCGUCGGUCAUGGAAGAUACGAUGGGCUCGACCACGGCGACCACAACACCGCAAGGACAAGUAGAUGCACUCAUCCAACAGGUUGCGGACGAGAACGGUCUGGAGUUGAAGGAGAAAUUGGCUUCUGCCGCGACAGAAGUUCCAACGGAUCAGGUGUCGGGUUUGAAAGUCACGACGAAGGAGGAAGACGAUGCUCUGGCGAGGAGACUUGCCGCGCUACGGAACUGAUCCACCCUAAGCCUCGACCGAUAGACCCCCUGGGAAGUACCAAAUGAAUAUGGAAUAAAUAUAUGUUUUGAUUGUUCU